UAUUCUAUGGUUUUUAUUAGUUUUAAUUUGAUAAAAACGUUUAGAAAGUCAACAUAUAAACUGUAAAUCUUACGAUUAAUUAUUUUGAUUUUUGAUAGUUAUUACAUAUCUAUAGAAACAACUACAGCCAGAGACAAUAUUUUAUAUAACAAAGCAUAAUAUAUUUUUUAGGAUUUAUAAUUAGUUACCAAUAUUAUAAAUAUGCCGCGCCUUUCUAAAGAAGAAAUUGCCAAGCAAUUUAUGCUUCCUGAGCGUAAAUCGAAAAUUGCAACAUUACUUAAACAAGAUGGACAAGCUUAUUGUAUUUGUCGAUCAUCAGACAGCUCUAGAUUUAUGAUUGGAUGUGAUGCUUGUGAAGAUUGGUAUCAUGGUGAUUGUAUUGGAAUUACAAAAAAACAGUCCAAGCUUAUUAAACAUUAUUAUUGUGAUAAAUGUAAAGCAGAAGAUGCUUCUUUGAAAACAGUAUUCAAAACUUCAAUAAAUCGUAGUGAUUUUAAAGAUAAAAAUGAUCAAUAUGUUGGAAGUAAGCGUGAUAAUCGUGAAAAACACCAACCUAAACAUAGAUCUUGUGGUCGCUGUGAAAAUUGUAAACGAGUUGAAAAUUGUGGUUUUUGUUUUGGAUGUUCAGAAAUGAGAAGAUUUGGUGGUACAGAUUUAUGUGAAAACAAAAAAUGUUUAAGUGCUAAUAUACAAGAAAUUAGGUCUUUAUCUAAGUCUAUUAAGAGAAAACGUAAAGAUUCUAGCUCUGAUGGAGAUCACAUUAAUAUUCCACUAUUAAAUCGUGAUCAUUGUUAUGGUCCUGGUUGCACUCAAAUAGCAAGGUUAAAUUCUAAAUAUUGCUCAGAUAAAUGUGGUAUGAGUUUAGCCAAUGCUAGAAUUUUUCAUGUACUACCUCCAAGACUCCAAGAAUGGAGCUUAUCUCCAUGUAUUGCAGAAGAAACAAAUAAAAAAGACUUAGAAUUAGUCAGAAAAGAACAACUUGAAGUUAGGGAUAUAUUGAAAGAGUUAGAUAAAAGACAUAAAGAACUAGACAUGUUAUUAGAAAAAUCUUCAUUGUUGACUGUUGAUCUGAACCAAGAAGUGCAAGAUAUUGAUGAAGAAAUGAGCAUGCAUUGUGUUACUUGUGGACAUGAAAUUCAUACAAGAACUGCUGUUAAACAUAUGGAAAAAUGUUUUAAUAAGUUUGAGAGCCAGGCAUCAUUUGGUUCAAUUUACAAGACUAGAAUUGAUGGUAACAAUAUGUUUUGUGACUUUUAUAACCCUUCACAAGGUACAUAUUGUAAACGAUUAAGAGUUUUAUGUCCAGAGCAUUUUAAGGAUUCAACAGUCAUUAGUGAUACUGAGGUUUGUGGUUGCCCUCUUGUUUCAAAUGUUUUCAAUUUAACUGGAGAAUUUUGCCAGGCUCCUAAAAAAACCUGUAUUAAACAUUACUGUUGGGAUAAAUUGAGGCGAGCAGAAAUUGAUAUGGAGAGAGUUCGCCAGUGGUUGAAAUUGGAUGAACUGGUUGAAAAGGAACGCCAAAUACGUCAUAGAAUGUCUUCAAGAGCUGGAGUCUUAGCUUUAAUGUUACACUCAACUUAUGAUCAUGAAUUAAUGGAACGUUUGGCAGCCGAAGCAAAUAAUUCUCAACAAAAACGUGAAAAUAAUUCUUGUGUUUCUUCAAAAUCAACUAUUGUAUCUGAUGAAUAGUUUUCUAUGUAAAUUUUAAGCAGAGAACAAUGACCUUAUUGGAUUUAUUCACUCCAAAAUUUCCUUUAAUUAUGUCUAUAUAUAUAUAGACAUAAUUUUUUUGUUUUCUCUCUUUUUAAUACUGUAUUCAUAAGUCAAUAAUAGUUUAUCCAUUGACCUUGCUGUUACAUUUAUUAAAUUUAUGAAUAAUUCA